AUGCAGUUAGUUCAAUCGCGUUUGGGUAACAAACCUUCAGUGAAAUUAACGGCGGCUGUCAGAAAUGCAUCUUGCAGCCGAGGAUGGUUAAAAUUCGUGAUUCAGUACAUUUUUGGUGCGAUCACUGUAGCCAGCUUCAUUCUGAUACUAAUUAUGGCGAUGCGAGAUCAUAAUAAUCAUACAUUUUUUGAUAGCUCACGAUGUACCGCUAUCAAGUGCAGAAUAGAGUGCCAUGACGCUCCAUAUUACGCUGACUAUGAAGAGGAUAUUAUAUUCUUAUCGUCGCUAUCCGAAUUCAACUGCCAAGGCUAUUCUUUAGUACUCAACAAUCCAAUGUUUGUAAACGAAACUAUGCCAUCAAAUUGGUUAUCUGGAGUUCGAGUGGACAUCUACAAUUUAGUAGUUCAGGGAGGAAACCUUAGACAUAUCGGAUCUGAUGCAUUUAUGAGUCGCUUUGGAGCAAGAAUUGUUACUAUAUUAUUUGAUAAAGUGACAAUAUCAACAUUUGUGGCAGAUGCACUUGUGGGACUUUCAAGUUUGCGAGAGUUAUAUAUCAAGAAUACCAACUUGUUAUACUUUAAUCAGAAUGCAUUACGUGCUGUUGGUGAUACGCUGUGUGCUCUUACUAUAACUGCAAGUGGCUAUUGGAACCCUAUUAAUGUGACCGGGCUAGGGUCAUCAAUGCUACCCAAACUGGAACUAGUAGAUUUCUCUAAUAACAUUUUCGAAAAUAUUUUAAUAAAAGACAGUUUUACCGCUUUAGUAAAUUGCAGAAUUUUAUAUCUUAAUUCGUGUAAAAUAACCGCUAUAGGUGAAGGAACUUUUGAUAAAUUGCGAAACAUUCAUAUUAUUUACUUGAACAAUAAUUACCUUAUAACCAUACCAUCUGGCCUGUUUAGCAGAGUUAUAGAAUUGGUACGUCCAUGUCCCCGAAUUUACUUACAAGAUAAUUUGUGGUAUUGCGAUUGCUCGAUGACACACUUAAGGCAGCUGUAUAACAGAGAUUUGCUUCCUAUUGAUCCUGGUUGUUAUAGUCCUGAAGAAAUGCUUGGAUAUAAAUUUUCAGGCCUUGAGAACUUAUGCAACAAUGAUACAGAAAAUGUUAUGGUUGUUGAAGGCUUUGAAUCUGAAGAGUCCACUAUAGAGUCUCAGAAUGACAAUUAUAUACAAUAUGAAAGUAGUAACAUUGAUUUAGCAUACAAUUAUUCUUGGAAUUUAGUAUCUCCGAUUGAGCAGUCUAGUUGUAAAUAUAAAAUAUAUAAAAUAGAUAAGUUUUUAAGAUUUAAAAGCCGUAAUAUAGAAUAUAAACCUAUCUCUUUAAACGACUGGAUAAAAAUGAUGCUCUUAUUGAAUAGUACAAAGUUUUCAAUGCUGCAAGUGAAACUGAUAGAAUCUGAUCAAUAUGGACUCUUAUGGUACCAAUCUCAAUUACCUUAUGAGGUUUACUGUAUAAGUACAAUGCCUCAAUUUAUUCAAAUACAUAAUAUAAACUUCACAACUCGAUAUACAUUUUGUCCUAUAAAUUUGACUACACACGACGUUGAACAUACAAAAUGCGUUGAUUAUCUUCUAUCUGACUAUUUAAAAGAUGAAUCCUUAAAUGGUAAAUUUAGAUCGUUAACAUUUUAUGUACUAACUGCAUUUACAUGUCUAUCUUUUGGAGCUAUAUUUGUAUAUGGUUUGGUACGUAUAAAGCCUACGCUCUUAAGGGGUAGUAAAAGGUUACUUUUUGUAAAACACAAAAAUGUUGAGGCUUUAGUUUUACCUCCAAAGGUUUCUCUGAGGGACAGCGCAGAAUACAAGGACACUUCGUUUGUAAAUUCUGAGAAAAUAUUUUUUGUCUCUGGUAAUCAAGCUGCUGUGAGGAAUUUCGUAAGAAUGAAGUCUACGAGAAGCAAUGAUAGUAAUGCUCCUAGCUAUAUAUCAGCUCUGUUACCGACGGAUGAGCAGCUUGCUGACUGGCGAAUUCGUCAUCAUUUUGACAAUAACUUACAGACUCAGAAUUCGUGGAAGUUGUCUUCAACAAGUUCUGAGUUAUCUGUAUAUUCUUCUAUAUCUGAUGAUAAACUUGAUGAUAAGUUCCCUGAUUUGGUAAAUGGCACAAUAUAUGAAAGCUUGAAAUAA